AUAUAGCUCAUUUAGUACAAAAUCUCGUCAAACAACGCCGCAGGAGAUGGACUUCAGCCAGUACUUCAGUUACCCGCCGCCGACGCAGGACAUGCAGGACAUUGUGGAGGAGGAUAUUGUACCUGGCGACUUAGUACAGAGGCGUGAGGUGAGGCCUACCGUCCGCUUCUCUCCAGCAGACUAUGACAGGCCUAGGGCACCCGCGUCUGCACGGAAGCCGAAGAGGGGUAGAACGGACCGUCAAGGCCGCGGUAGGGGUCAGGGAUAGGUGAUUGAUGUUGUAUGGGCUCCUACAGUGCUACCUCAUGUAUUAUCUUAGGGUACUAUGACCUACUGCAUGUCAGCGACUAUGUACUAUGAUGACUAGGCCGGUGCCAGGGUUUGCGUGAUGCGACUGAAUGACGCAAUGAUAGUAGAACAAGUAGGCCUGUGCAGGGAUAUCAUCGCUAGGCUAUGCCACUAAAGUGCCAAUACACCAUCUAGGCCGGUGCAAGGAUAUCAUUGCUAGACUAUGCCACUAUAGUGCCACUACGCCUCCUAGGCCGGUGUAGGGAUAUCAUCGCUAGACUAUGCCACUAAAGUGCCACUACGCCUCCUAGGCCGGUGCAGGGCUGUGUAUAGUGCGUAGCACUGCCUUUACUUUCUAUACAAUGGUGCAUGGCUUAGAUUGAUGUGAUAAGACAGUGCAGAGGCACGGGACGAGUACAACGGUACUAUGCUGGAUUGGACGUGUGCAUGAUCGGGGAAUCUCAGAGGUCCACAUGUACAGUACAGAACGUACACUAAUUUUGUUUUAAAAAAUGUGUGGACUUAGCCCAUGGACCGUCCAAUGGCUCUAUAAAUAAUGGCACCACGUACCCAUGGCAGAUCAAACACCCACACCAGAAGCACUACACAACACUUCACCAUGUUGUCCUCCGGAGGAGCCUACAUUCCAUGGAGUAAGGUGAGGAAAACUGUGCUCGAAGGAAUCGAGACACCUAUGUGCUUUUGCGGUUCCUUGUGCAAGCUCAUGAAGUCCAGGGUGUUGGGGGACGACUUCGGCAUGAGGUUCUUCAUAUGUGACAACUUCGAUUACGACCCGCCCAAGUGUUGCGGCAAGGAUCAAGCAAAGACUCCACCGCCUCUAUGUGAUUUCGUGCAGUGGUUAGACACUGAGCAAUCUCAGGAGGACAAGGACCACGUUGAGCGUGAAGCAAGGUGGGCUGUAGAAAGGUGGCGGCGAAUGCAGCACGAGGAACAGAUGGAAGAGAAGCGCAAGAAAGACCAGGAAGAUAUUCGGAAGAGGUUUGCAGAAGUUGAACGCCAGGAGGCAGAGCAACGUGAAGCUGAUAGGGAGAGGAAGCGAGAGAGGGCCCGGCGUGCUAAGGAAGCAGGGCCUGAAGCUAUUAGAAAAAGAAAAUAUCCCCGGUGCAUGCAGUAAAGCACCACCACGUAAUCCUGGCAAUUUACAUUUCCUAAGGCAUGUUAGGUUUAGAUACAACAUGAGGUUUAACGUGUUGCACAUGCCACUGCAUUUCGUUGUUAAAGUACCUAGUUCAGAGCAAAGGUCUCAGUGUUACUUACCGUAGCAGUAGAAACGGUUUAGGCCUCGGAUUUUUUAUCAC